GGAUAAGGUAUCAACCAGAAACAGACCAAUUGACCAUCUCAUCAUGCCUGCUCCUAUCUAUCUCGGUGUUAUUGGCGUCGGAGGCGUGGGAACCUCCUUUCUCAGCCAGCUGGCGCGCCUGCCCAACGCCCCGCAACUGAUCCUCCUCGCGCGGUCGACGCAGACGCUCCUCUCGCCGACGCCCUCCUACACGCCGGCCAUCCCCGCGGCGGACUGGAAGACCGCCUCGGCGGAGGCGCAGCUGACCAAGUCCGGGGCGCUGACUCCCGAUGAGAUCGCGGCGUACCUGUCCUCGGCGCCGGGCCGGUCGAUUCUUGUCGACAACACGAGCGACCCGGCGCUGGCGUCGGCGUACCCGACCUUCCUGCGCCGGGGGAUCUCAAUCGUGACCCCGAACAAGAAGGGCUUCUCGUCGGACCUGAGCCUGUGGAAGGAGAUCUUCGCCGCCGCGGCGGAGGGCAACGCCCUCGUCUACCACGAGAGCACCGUCGGCGCGGGCCUGCCCGUGAUCUCGACGCUGCGCGACCUGGUCGCCACCGGCGACGAGGUCACCCGCAUCGAGGGUGUCUUCUCCGGCACGCUGUCCUUCCUCUUCAACACGUUCGCGCCCGUCGGGGCGGCCAGCUCCGCCAAGUGGAGCGAGGUCGUCGCGCAGGCCAAGGAGCUCGGCUACACCGAGCCCGAUCCCCGCGAUGAUCUGAACGGCAUGGACGUCGCGCGCAAGCUGACCAUCCUCGCCCGCAUUGCCGGCCUGGAGGUCCAGAGCCCCGACUCCUUCCCUAUCGAGUCGCUCAUCCCCAAGGAGCUGGCCGAUGUGCCGUCGACGGCGGAGGGCAUUGCCGAGUUCAUGAGGCGGUUGCCCGAGUUCGAUGGCCAGAUGACCGCCAUCAAGGAGGGGGCCGAGAAGGAGGGCAAGGUCGUGCGCUUCGUCGGGAGUGUCGAUGUCGGCGCCAAGAAGGUCCGCGUCGGCCUGGAGAAGUUCGACAAGGACAGCGCCAUCGCCGGCCUCAAGGGCAGCGACAACAUCAUCAGCUUCUACACCAAGCGGUACGGCGCCAACCCCUUGAUCGUGCAGGGUGCUGGUGCCGGUGGCGAUGUCACUGCCAUGGGCGUGUCGGCGGAUCUGAUCAAGGUCAUUCAGCGGUUGCAGUAGAUUGGGGUCGGGGGUUGGGCUUAGAUAAAAGUUUGACAGGACCGUGAAAUAUGAUGAUGAUAAUG